GAAUGCGCAGCCGCAGCUGGUCUUUCUUUACUGAUUGGUCAGAUUUGAAUACAAGACCGCGACUGUUCGUGGAAGAAAACCCACUGUUCGGAGUUUUCCCCUGACAUUUAUACAGGAGAUUACCUGUGGUAUGACUGAGGAGCUGUUGUCACCAUGAUGGAAUCAUGCCUUAACGAUAAGGUCUCCAGGACCCAUUUAAUCACUGUGGAUGACCUGAGGAAAGACCUCACCUCAGAUAUGACAGAAAUAGCAUAUGCUCAGGACUCAAGCUUAGAGAGAGAGCAUUUGCAGGUCUACCUUCGGAUACGACCUUUCUCAAAUGCUGAAGUGCAGAAUGGAGAAUCACAGGACUGCGUCACAAUUCAGCUUCCUGACACGGUGCUUCUUAAGGCACCACGGACGUCUCUCUCAGCCAGGCUCAGCGAUAAGUCCGUCCCACAAACGGCACAACGCUUUCAGUUUUCUAAGGUGUUUGGACCUGACAGCUCUCAGACAGACUUCUUUGACUGUACAGUAAAAAGUCUUGUUAAGGAUGUGCUGGAAGGACAAAAUUCAUUGGUCUUCACCUAUGGAGUCACAAAUGCAGGAAAGACUUUCACAUUUCUAGGACCUGAGAAUGAUGUGGGCGUCCUGCCCCGCUCCCUAAACAUGAUCUUCAACAGUCUCGAAGGUCGAAUCUUCAAGGAGAUGAGUCUUAAGCCCCACAGGUGCCUGGACGUCCUGAAGCUCACCAAGGAGCAGCAGGCUGAGGAAGCCAUCAGCAAGCGUAACCUCUUCAGGCUUUUAAAAGAGACUGAUGCCCAAAAAAGUAUGUCUAGCCUGCUGACGUCCAAGGUGUUUGAAGGUCAAGAGUUGGGUGAAUUGGACGGUACAGUGAGUGUGAAUAGAUUCAGCCUGGAUAUGGACCUCCACAGCAAGUUCUCUGUGUGGGUCUCGUUUUGUGAGAUCUAUAAUGAGAACAUACAUGAUUUACUCGAGCAACCACCCAGCAAUGCGGUACGGAGGACCAACUUGCGUCUCUGCCAGGACAUCAAAGGAAACUCCUUUAUAAAAGAUCUGCGCUGGGUACAGGUGAACAGUGCCGAGGAGGCCUUUAAAGUAAUGAAACUGGGAAAGAAAAACCAGAGUAUCUCCUCCACCAGACUUAACCAACUGUCCAGCAGAAGUCACAGUAUCUUUUCUGUCCGGAUUCUGCGGAUUGAGGAUUUGGGCAUACCUAGAGUGGAGUCUGUCAGCGAGCUGUCCUUAUGCGAUCUGGCGGGAUCCGAAAGAUGUGGCAAAACUCAGAAUAAAGGCGAUCGCCUAAAGGAGGCGGGAAACAUCAACACCUCUCUGCUGAGCUUGGGCAAAUGCAUUAAUGCGCUUAAAGGCAACUUGCAGGCCAAGCACCAUGUUCCUUUCCGGGAGAGUAAGCUCACACACUACCUGCAGGGCUACUUCACCGGCCGAGGCAAAGCCUGCAUGAUCGUGAACAUCAACCAGUGCGCGUCCAUGUUCGACGAGACCCUCAACGUGCUUAAGUUCUCCGCUGUGGCGCAGAAGGUUGUGGUCCUCACCACUGCUACCAGUGUGCCGUUGGUGGUGAAGAAGAGCGCUCGGAAGGUUUCCUUAAUCAUCAAUAAUGCAGGUCAGCAAGGGGCGCGCCGCAGUUCACUGGUGCGGUGGGAGCACAGUCUGGAGGACGUCCAAGAGGAUGCAGACUCUGAGGAGGAAGCGGAGAGCGUCAUGGAGGACACCAUGGAAGACUCAGAUGAUGAGGAAGGGAAAGAGACGGUGCUACUGGAUAAAGAGGCAUAUGAGAAUCAGCUGAUGGUGCUGGAAGAGCUCCAGGAAAAGUUGAGAACAGCAAUUGCAGAAAACCAGACACUAGAAUGUCGUAUUCGAGCGGAAGUCACCAAAGAGUUCUCAGAGCUCUUCUCCCAAAUGCAGACAGACUACAAUGAGCGCAUUUCCAAAGAGAGAGAGCUUGUUGAGGAGAGGUGUGAGCGACGAAUUGAAAUCUUCAAAAAACUGGUGGGGAAAUCUACUGGAGAGGCUGAUUGUGAUGGCGAAGAAUACUCCAAGGUGGACGAGCCUCCAUCUCUGGAUGGGAUGCUGGAUUCCAUGUCCUGUGACCUUGCAGGGAUUAGACGAGAUGCUGAGGCUGCCCAGUCCUGUUUGGAGACGUCUGACGGCCAGUCAGUGACAACUCAGAGCAGUCUGGAGGAAAAGGUCUCCAAACUCACAGAACAGCUCAGUGAAGUGCAGAGACAACUGACGCUUAAAACUGAAGAAUUGGGUGCUCAGUGCAACUUGUCCAAAGAACUGGAGGAAACAAAAAAGACCCUGGAGAGUCGUGAGCAGAGGUUGACUGAUCUGAUGGUAAUGUGCGUGGAGAAGGAUGAUGCCAUCAGCAAGGUCCAGACAGCUCUGGAUCAAACCGUAGAGGAGGCUGCCAAAAACAGCUCUAUAAUCAAGGACCUUCUCCAGCUGAACAGCUGCACGUGCUCAGAGAGCCGAACCAAGGCGGAAACCAGAAAGCGGCGGCAGGAAGAGGAGGAGCCUGAGGUGCUCCGUGGACAGCCCCCUCUAAAGAAAGGGUCUCUGGAUGACUCUACCCUCCCAGAACAUCCUGAUAACCACUUACCUGUGGCAGAGGUCAAAGGUCAACUGGAGAGUUGCCAGUUAGAGUCCCACAAGAAAGAUCAGCGCAUCACCGAUCUGGAGCGUGAACUCCAAACUCUGGAGUUCAGUAUCCAGGAGAUGAAAUCCCAACUCCAACAAGAGAAGAGAACUCAUGAUGAUGUUCUGCAAGAGAAGGAACGUCUGGCUUCUGAGCUCAGUGUCCUUCAGAAGAGCAUGCAGGAACAGCAGCAGAAAUAUCUUGCCAUUGAAAACAAACUGUGCAGAGCUGUGGAAGCCGGCUCCAGCCACUUGAAGCCAUCUUUGGAAAAUAGCUGUGGUUCCAGGAUGACCGAUUCCACCGGAGAAGAGGAGCUAAAAGUGACCAAGUGCCGACUGGAUGAGCAGAGCCGUGAAAUUGUGGAGAAAAAUACAGUUAUUAGAACUUUAGAGCAGCAAGUGACCCAGCUGAGGCAGGAGGCGGAACAGUUCAGCUCCUUACAGAGAAACCUGGAGAAACUUCAGGCCACACAUAAGGAAUGUAGUCACAGAGAGAAGGCAGUAGAAUCUCUGGAGCAACAGCUGGCUGAGCACAAAGCUACUCGUGACAAUCUUCAGAGAGAGAACUCUGGCCUCCAGGCUGAGGUUGAGACUCUGAAUGGCCUUGUAUCUGAACUACAGGAACAGGUGAAGAAUAUCCAAGCAGAACAUGAGAAGGAGGAGGAUAAAAAAGCCUCCCUUCUAGCUCAGGAGGAAGCACUGAACAAGAGGGAGGCUGAGCUCAAAAACAAACCCCUGGUGAAACAGCCAGAAUCUAAAAAUCUUGCAGAGGAAACUGACGAUAAGCUGUCCGCCAGAGAGGCACAACUGGCUCAGAAGGAGGCAGCUCUCAGGGAGAAGGAGGCACAGCUGUCUGCACUGCAGAAGAGCCUGAAGAAAGCCCAGGAGAAUCUGGAGGAGGAGGAGGUGCAGGCUGUGCAGGAGGCGCGCAGGAGGGAGGCGGAGAGGAGGCGAGAGCUGCUCGCUGUUGCUGAGGAGGCCAUUGCUCAGAAAGAUGCAGAACUCCUAAAGCGGCAGGAAGAGAUCAACAGGUUAAAGGAGGAGGCAAAGAGCAGUUGUGAAAAAGUGAGAAGUCUCUCCGUGGACUUUGAGCGAAGAGAAGAUGAGUCUGCAGAUCUGAAAGAGAAACUCGCAGAUUCUAAGAAACAGAUCCAGCAGGUGCAGAAAGAGAUCUCUUCCAUGCGCGAUGCUGAAAAAACCCUGAAGCAGAAGCUGAAUGAUCUGGAGAAGGUUAAAACCCAGCUGCAGAAUGAGCUCUCCAAUCGAGACCGCACCAUUCAGCAGCUGAAGAGUCGUUCGUCGGAUUCCAAAACAGAAGAGUAUGUUCAGCUGUAUGAGAAGACUUGUAAAGAUCUGCAGGCACGGGAGCGUGUUAUAGAAGACAUGCGUUUGGCUCUGACAGAGCAGGAGGAGACGCAGAAUCAGCUGGACCUGGAGCUGGACAACAGAGAGGCUCACAUUCUUGAACUGUGCCAAGAGCUUGAGAACCUUAAAGAGAUGCUUCUGAAACAGAAAAGCAGUGAUUCCGUACUUCACCAUCAAUCACAUACACAUACAACAUCUGCAGAGGAGCUCACACGGGCCAAAGAGGAAGCCACCCAGGCUAAGAAAAGCUUGAAUGUGGCCAGUGAGAAGCAUCAGGCUGAGCGCAAGAAAUGGUUGGAGGAGAAGCUGGUUCUGAUUACUCAGGCAAAAGAGGCAGAGGAGCGGAGGAACCAGGAUAUGAGACGAUACGCUGAUGACAGAGAGCGCCAUACUCGCCAGCAUGCUGAGAUGGAGUCACUGACAGCUCAGCUUGCAGAGCGUGAUGAAGAGAUGGAGAGAUGGAGGAAAGAGAGAGAUACGCUUGUUUCUGCUCUGGAGAUCCAACUAAAGAAACUCGUCUCCUCAAUAGCUGAAAAAGACAAACAGAUCCAGGACCUGCAGUGUAGUGUGACUCUCCAGACACCAGAGGGGCCUGAGAAGAGCAGGGCUGAUGAGCUGCAGUCUCUGCUAAACAAGAAAGAGGCUGAGAUACACAGACUGCAGGAGGAGCUCAGCAAGCUCGAACACACAAUCAGCACCAAGGGGACUAAAGCCAGUCAACACAGAGACUCUUCCACACAGACUGUAGCUGCAGAAGACUUGGUGAUCGAACAGCCUUUAGACAACAGUACUCUGAAACACAAACGCAAAACCAGAGGAUCCGUCACCAGCCAGGGUUCCUGUGGCAGUUAUCCAUCCGUACUCGACUCCUCUGAGGUUUCCACAGAGAUGGGCCGACGUUCCCGGUUUCCACGACCUGAGGUAGAGAUUGCCUUCAGCUCCCUGCAGCCGGAUCGCUUCGCUCUUAAACGCCAUGGGGAAGAUUCCUCCGUCACCGUUAAAAUCUCUCGUGCGGCUCGCAAGAGAAAGAGUGGAGAGAUGGACAAGAAAACAGGCAGCAGCAGCAGAAAGCGCAAGACCAAACCCAACUCCACACCCCAGUCUGAAUCUCAGGAUGGGGUGGAUAUGGAGAACAGGAGGAACAUGAGAUGCAGGAACACACCCAGACUGCCUGCACACCAAGAGGAAGAGGGUUCCCCUGCACUGGUUGGCAAAAAUUCUAAUGGUUCACAGUCCAGCCUGAGAGGAAAGAAAGAGGGGACGCUGCAGAAAAUCGGAGGCUUCCUGAACAGCUCGCCCACUUUCCUAGGCAGCAAAGCUAAGAAGAUAAUGGGCUUGAUGAGUGGGAAAUCUCCGGAAGACAGUGGCUCUCUCAGUCUUAAACGAUCCAAAAGGAAACUCAACAGGCCCAACAUCUCCUCUCCUAUGGACAUACCAGUUCACCAGAUUAUCGGUCAUGAUUCAGGGGAAAAGACGAGUGAAAAUCUUAUUAAGAGACUGCGCAUGAGAACUCCAAAGUGAAAGUCGCUGCUGUGGAAUGUUAAUGAUGUGCCAAAAUAUAUAUAUAAAUGUGUAUAUCACUACAUUCAUCAUUUUUUCCUUUUUUUCUCUUAAUCUGUUGCACUUUUAAAAAUUGUUUUAUUGCACACUUGCAACAUAUACUGUUUUACAUUUGUCUAAAUAGUCUAUUAUAUGAUUCUAAUACUACAUUAAUUGGACAAUCGUACAUAAAAGUAUAGAAACUACAUAACACUUUUUGUUUAUUUUCUUUCUUCUUUAACUUCUAGACCUAAAUCUAAAUUAUGGACAAUAAUGAACACUUACUUUUAUUGUAUUUAAACAUUCUUUUUAUAUAUAAAAAUGAAGAACACAUAAUUUGAUAAGGGGCCAGAAUUUUGCAUAACAUCUAAUGUAACAGUUCUGUGAUAUAAAGUGCUGUUUAGACUUUGUUGUAGAUUUUGAUCAUUUUAUUAUUUGUUUUUAAGUGACCUGAAUUGAAAUGUUUGGCCUGGGGUUGUUUGUUUGUUUAGAUUCCUCCUUUUUUUCUAGUGAGAUUUAGCUGACUGACACUGUUAAGUUUCUGCCGCUGCUGUAUUGGCUGCAUACUCUCAAGCAGUCUAUCCUGUGUACAUGCUGUCUAGCAAAUAAAUGUAAAGGCUCUA